UAAACUUGAUCAUAUGAUUGAUUCACACAUGACUUUUGAAGAAUCAAGUUUCGUGUUCUGUAAUUCUGUACAGUUUGAGGUAUUCUCUCUGUCGACGUUCAUCCGUGUUGGUAGUUUUUCAAGUUAAAAAAACAGAAAAUGGCAAGCCAAACGCAGGGCAUCCAGCAACUAUUGGCUGCCGAAAAGCGAGCAGCAGAAAAAGUAUCAGAAGCCCGCAAACGCAAAGCAAGAAGGCUGAAGCAGGCCAAAGAAGAAGCUCAAGACGAAAUCGAAAAAUACCGUAAAGAACGCGAACGUCAAUUCAGGGAGUUCGAGGCCAAGCAUAUGGGCUCCAGAGAGGAUGUAGCGUCCAAAAUCGAAGUGGACACCAAACGUAGAAUCGAAGAGAUGAACAAGGCUAUAAUCAGUCAAAAAGAACCUGUAAGUUCAAUAUCCCUCCCAAUGAAUCAUUAG